CAAGCUUCUGGUUUCAGCUUCCAUGCUUUCCACCAACUGAACCCCUCCCCUCCCCUCCCCUCCUCCCCCUCGCUCGUCGUGCCCUUGUUUCCCCUCCCCUCCUCUCGCCGGGCUUGACCAUGGAAUCCCGAAGCCAAUUAACCAUCGCUUCUCGCUGUUUGCUUGCUCUGGCAACCCUGACCACUCGUUGAACGGGAAAGCUCCGACAAGGUGCAGCUGUGUCGCUUCCUUGUUUUGACGACAGCCAUCUUCAUCUUUUCUUGACCUUCUUUCUUUUUGAGCGCCUCCUCGUCCUGUUCUGCGCGCCUCUGCUUCUACAUCGCAGCGACAUACAUUGACCUUGAACUCGACGCAACACGCGCAGACGACCACAGUACCUAUCGUCUGAUUCCACAGACACAGGGCAGCAUGGCAAGGUUCGGGGCCUUCUCGCGCCUCUUGGGCUUGGACCGUCCACCCCAUCGACACGACCAUUGGUGGCACGAACAUCGCCGACAACUCCUUCCCAGCUACCGUGACGACUUCUACGUCUCCGCCAUCCCUGCCGAAACCGUCACCGAAAUCGCCCUCCGCAUCCGACACCUCAUCGAAGAAUGCGUGCCCCUCGAGCUCCCUGUUGAGAAAAUCACCUCUCCGACGAGCAAGAUCAUCACGAAGAAGGUGAUCAAGGCAGCCAAGGAAGCCGGCGGCAAAGAGCACCGAUCAUGCGUCGUCUACUGCCUUCUCGUCAACAAGCGCUGGUGGAAACACCAAGCCCAAGUCGAACUCUGGGAUGCCGACCUACACGCCCUCCGCGCCGUAGCUUGCGAGGUUAUUGCCAAACAAAUCAUCGAGACAGAGGAGGACACCAGCUUCUUGCUUCACGAGGUCCUGUUGAAGCGCUACUCCAUCAUGAUCGAUAACAAACCCACCAAGCCGUCCAACGUGAUCGAAAAGGCUGUUGACUUGCAUGCUCUCAGGGUGAUCGGCUCCUCGGGCUAUCAAAAGUGUAUCAGCUACCUCUGGCGCGGCUGGCUUGUCCAAGACGAGAACGACCCGUCGACCUUUGUCGAAUACCGCGACAAGGACAACACCUCCUUCUGGUCGCACUUGGACCCGGACCGCAUGCGCGCGCCCAUGUACCAAAACUGGACACAGAUGCUCAUCAGCUUCGUCUACCUCGUUCUCUACACUCUUGCCAUGAACAGCGUCAAUCCCGGCGGCCACCUUGAUGUGGUUGAGGGUCUUUUGUACGCCUUCACCCUCGGUUUCAUGUGCGACGAGUUCGCCAAGGUUUGGAAAGCCGGGCCCGCCAUCAUCGGUUUUUGGUCUGCCUUCAACAGCAUUCUCUACGGUCUUUUAACCACGUCUCUAGUCUUCCGCGUCAUCGCCUUCUCCCACGACAGCUCCGACGUCGACUGGCGGCAACACUACAACAUCCUAUCCUACAACUUCCUCGCCGAAUCCAUCAUCUUCUUCGCUUUACUUCUGGUCAUCAUCGUCGGUUUCCUCCAAGCCUUUCUCGGUCUCGACCAAGCAGACGACCAAGUCGUCGAAGACACCAUGUUCAUUGUGCAAUCCAUGGCCAACGCCUUGAUGCAGUCGCCCGAUUUCAGCGGCUUCGAGAAAUUCAACCAUCCCUUUGGUUUACUUUUGUAUUACUGCUUCACUUUUGUAGUUAUGGUGAUUCUGCUCAACAUCCUCAUCGCCCUCUACAACUCGGCCUACGAAGACAUCUACGACAACGCCAACGACGAGUACCUCGGCAUGUUUGCGCAAAAGACGAUGCAAUUCGUCCGAGCACCAGACGAGAACGUGUUCAUCCCGCCGUUUAACCUCAUCGAGAUCUUUUUGUUGGCCCUUCCGCUGGAGUGGUGGAUGAACAAGACUACUUAUGAAAAGAUCAACGAUUGGUGCAUGGCUACUAUCUACUCCCCCCUCUUGCUGGUCAGCGCCUUCAUCGAAGUCAAGACCGCGCAAGAGAUUAGGGCCAACCGAGCGCGUGGAGACGGGGAUGAUGAUUCGGUUGAGGAGUGGGAGCAGAGGAUGGGAGACCUUGAUUUUGAGGCGGAUGGAUGGGCGAGGAAGGUCGAGAAUGCGAAGAGCAAGUUAGUCAAGAUGCAAGAAGGAGAGAUGGAUGAGAAGGAGGAGAAUGAAGAGAUGGAGAUUGGGAAGUUGAGGGAGGAGGUGAAGGAACUCAAGGGGUUGUUGGGAGAGUUGGUGGGGAUGAUGCAGAAGGAGAGAGAGGGAAAGGGGAAGGAGGCUGUGAAGAUCGAUAAUCCAGAGGUUGAGAGUCAGGGAGUUGACAGCCAGGCCACUCAGGUUGCUGAAGAUGGUGAUGGUGGUCCAAGCAGCAGCAGUAGUAGCAGUAGCAGUAGUGAUGGGAAGUGAGGCUCCAUGUUCCAUCUCUGCUGGUACGGAGAAGAUGGAUACCUACAGUUACAUGUUAUCAAAAGAAAAGAAAGUGUUGGGUUAUGGUGCUGCCUAGGUUACUAGGAAGGAUACUACUGAUGGCUAUGAGUUUUCAUUCUCAACAAUACAAGUUAUGACUAUAAUCUACCUGCCCUUC